GAGAAUUCAGCGCGCGAAAGCGCUAACAGGAAGUGAGGGUAGCAAAGGGAAACGGCGGCUAGUUUGGGAUUUGAAUCUCUCAAACUUUUUCCACAAUCUGCAAACAUCUAAAUUAAUAUGGCAGACACGAAGGACCAGGAUGAUCACGAAACCUCAACAGAUAAUGUUGACGACUCUAACCAUGACCCCCACUUUGAGCCCAUUGUGUCUCUUCCUGAGCAAGAUGUGAAAACAUUAGAAGAGGACGAGGAGGAGCUUUUCAAAAUGCGGGCUAAACUAUAUCGUUUUGCCUCUGAGAAUGAUCCUCCAGAGUGGAAGGAGAGGGGGACAGGUGAUGUAAAGCUUCUGAAACACAAAGAGAAAGGCACAAUCCGCCUUUUAAUGAGGAGAGACCGAACUUUAAAGAUCUGUGCUAACCAUAACAUCGUACCAACGAUGGAGCUGAAGCCCAAUGCCGGCAGCGACCGAGCAUGGGUGUGGAACACACUAGCAGAUUACGCAGAUGAAUGCCCCAAACCAGAACUUCUGGCCAUUCGCUUUUUGAAUGCAGAAAACGCACAGAAGUUUAAGGUCAAGUUUGAUGAAUGCAAGGAUGAAGUUCAAAAAAAUCUGGAGAAAUCAGGCAACACUGAUAAUGCAAACAAGGUGGCAGAGAAGCUGGAAGAACUCUCUGUAAAGGACAAGGAAUCCGGGGAAACGAAGAAGGGUGACAAAACGGAGACUGAAAAGAAAAAAGAGGAGGGGGUUAAGAACUGAAAUCCAAGAACUGGCUUUGCUGAUCGUCAACUUAUCAGUUUUCCUCUUUUUCUACAAUAGACUGUAAACAAACUUAAUUUGGACACUUGCAUUUAGGUUUUUUUGUUGUUUUUUUUUGCAUCAAGAUCACAAGUCCUCAAUGCCACUGGAGAAAAAGAAAAUCAGAUAAUAGUGAAAAAACCCUUUCCUUUGCAGCAUGGAUUCACAGGUCAACCUCUCUUUUGACAAACUGUAAAAAAAAAAAGGGCUUGUUAUAGUGAUAAUUCCCACAUUGGGUAUUAUUUUUUUAUAUUUUAUUUUGAAGGACUGUUUGGCAGGGGGUGGGGAGAGGAAACUAACCUACUUCCUGUUAGCACAGCGCCAGAUCCUGCAUUCUAGAGAUGCAUUGAACACCAUAAUGAUGCUUGUUAGCCGGCCGUCGUCACAUUUCAGAUUCUGGUUUAUUUUCCAGUUCUAAGAGCAGUCCAUUCAAGAAAGUUGAGGGAUAACAGAUAAGUUUUACAGAUCACAACACUCAACGCUAGCAUAUCAGGAACAUUUGUUAGCUUUGAGUUUCUUUCAACUUUUAAGCCCCGAAGUAAAACGGUUCAUGAAUUUGGUGCAGUUUACCCAACAUUUCUCAUCAAGGAAACCAAGUUUUUACUCUUGAGUUCGUAACAUUCCCUGACUUCAAAGCAUGUAAAGCAUAUACUAUAUAUAUGAGUGCCCUACCAGAUGUGUGUGUGUGUGUGUGCGCGCACUUUACCACUCACCUCUUGUUUUCAGUAGGUUCUUAACAUGCCUCUAAAGUGCAUCCAAGUGCCAGUGCAUCUGUAAAUACAUGUACAUGGAAGAAAUGUUGCUCCUCAUUUGCACUUGAAUGACCUGAAAUGUUUCCUCCAACUUCAAAUAAAAGCUGUUAAAGACCA